AGGAAGGCAAUUACAGGGCCUAUUUUUGUCGUGACUCACUUGCUGUGGACAUGCCAAUUGGCUGCCCUUAAGCUCUUCUUGAUCAGACAAAUUUUGCCUGUAAUUCAUCCGACAGCUGGUCUUUACUGAAUCUUGCAAGUUGAGCAAAGAUGAUACAUGUUCCUGCAUUACGAUCCAUGCCGAACCAUCAGCAUGCCUCAAGCUCCACCUCACAAGCCAAAAGAAGCUCUUGGUCCCCAUCGGUGUCACAGGACUCAAAGGAGAAUCAAGCUGGAGUUGGAAUCUUAUUUGUUGAGGAAGAAGACCCUUCCGGGUUUGUCCGAGUCACCGUCAAAGCUUUAAUAGAAGGAGGGUCUGCUGAGAGGACUGGAAUGGUCAAAGCUGGAGACAUGGUCGUUCGAGUUGGAAACGUCGAUGUUAUUGGCAAACCCCUAUCCAUUCUCCGAACCAUGAUCCCUGGUCCGAUUGGCUCCUAUUGCAGAUUAGGAUUUUUACGCGGCGGAGUAGCUUUGAAUUCAAAUGCAGUACAGUCUUCCAGCAGCACAAUUCCAUCUUCCAGCGUGAACCAUUCCAUCGACACCAAAUCCAACGAGGUCCAGAAAACAACUGAAGCCUCCAAGGUCAACGAGGAAGCAGAUUUCAAGAUUGAACCGAUGUCUGAGAACAAAUCGCAAUCACCGUCAUCCCGAGAUCUCAAGGACAAAUGGGAAAACGCCAUUGAGAACCAUGCCCGACCCCAUUCGUUUUCUGGCAGAGCAAACCAUGAGGUUGAUGCCGCAAUCAAUAACGUGGAUAGGGCGUUGUAUGAGAUGCAGACGCGAGAGAUUGAAAGAGUUCGGUCAAAACUUGAUGACUCAGAGCGUGAAAGAAAGCAGCUCGAAGAGGAACUGAAGAAACUCAAGGCCAACCGCACAGAUGUUGAAGAACGGAAUAGAGAACUUGAGGACAAGUCGGCUGAGAAUGCUUUGAGAUCUUUGGAAAGAAGAGUGAUGGAUCUUACGACACAGCAAAGUGCGAGUGCUCAAAUAGAUAAACGAGUCAUGGAACUUCAACAGCAGUUGAUCAAUUCAGAAGAACGAAGGAGGGAUGAAGAGAAGAAAAGGGCAAUAGCAGAGGGAAAAGUUAGAUAUCUCGAGAAUCAGAUAAAGCAGAACUCGCCCUUCAAGUACCAAAACUUCGGCAAAGGUUGA